AGUUGUAACCGAGUAAAAGACAAUAAUAUUAUCCAUUGCCGCAAACUAUCACGUGUCUGCACAUGACACCCGCGGAAAAGUUGCAGUUGGAGGAAUCCGGCGAGGUGUUUUAAAUGGACCGUAGACUGUAGCUUAAAGGAAAACUGCACCUGGAGCGACGGAGUUGACCAUAGUCCCAUCAUCCGCACGCUUAUUAUUCUGCUCUACGAAUUUAAGGGAAGGUUUUCGAACGAUGUGACAUGACUGCUACCCGAAUGUAACAAUUAGUCUAACCUUGAUGAAAUCCGAUUGCGCUCUUACGCCGUGUAUUAAUUGGAACCAGUCGGGUGCGCACAGUUCUGCGGCCAUAUGUAGUUGAAUCAUUUAACUGAAGAGGAUGCUUUAAAUGUACAUCCAGUAGAACAUUGAAGGCUACUUUGAAGGCAACCCGGAAUAGCCCCCAAUUAAUUUCAAAUGCCAUGGUAGCUUAUUUGCUUAAACGUAAAGGUCAGAAUCUGGGGUUUGCGAGAUACACGCUGAAUUGAUUGGAGUCCUUCGGAAUUGACCGCCUUGUCAUUCAUUGCCUGUUGUGUAGGCACGGAAUUUUCACGCGCUGUUCUAGCAAUCCAACAGCUGAACAACAUUGUCUAGGUAGCUCAUCCAAACUGACCGCCCCACUACUUCGCAUCUGCGCCCCGGCCACUUGAAAUGAGGACCGCGUCCCGAGCCUGUUCUGUGUGAAGCCGCGAAAACGGGCAAUUCCUUCCGUAUCUCCCGUCCGCAGUGAGGCAAGGACAUUAAGUCCCCGUUUGGCCGUGCUGCAGCCAUGGACCGGGACGAGAACAAGAGCGUCUCGAAAAAGACCAUAAUCACAAAGAUUUUCAAAGUUCGCAGGAGGAGAGAGAUGCUUUUCGUGCAAGUGUGUUUUCUCUGCAGUGUCCUCUGCAUGGCAUGGAGCAUGUCAGUAUUGCUGACAAAGACAGGGUACGGAAUAACAUUAAACAAUGGACACGAGAAGCAUGAACAUUGGGGAAGGAAGCUCAUGGGACAUGAACCCGACAACGAGACCGAGUCGAAGAACUGCACAGAGCCAGCUAUCAAGGAGUUCCCUGAAGACAUGUUUUCCAACUACGAGCGCAAGAGUGGGGCCGUCCUGCUGCACAUCGUGGCGGCCCUCUAUAUGUUCCUGGCCCUCGCUAUAAUCUGUGACGACUACUUUGUACCGUCGCUGGAGAAGAUCUGUGAGAAACUAGACCUAAGUGAGGAUGUUGCCGGAGCCACUUUUAUGGCAGCUGGGAGUUCUGCUCCCGAGCUGUUUGCCUCCAUCAUUGGUGUCUUCAUCACCCACGGUGACGUGGGGGUAGGGACAAUCGUCGGCUCAGCGGUCUUCAAUAUCCUGUGCAUCAUCGGCGUUUGCGGAAUAUUCGCCGGACAGGUUGUAGUGUUGGGUUGGUGGUCUGUUUUCCGAGAUUCAUUCUACUACGUCUUGUCGAUCCUCGCCCUUAUUGCGUUUAUCUACGAUGGGAAGGUAGUAUGGUGGGAGAGCCUGGUGUUGGUGGUCAUGUACUGCGGAUACAUCCUCAUCAUGAAGUUUAACCAGAGCUUGCAGAAGUUAUUCGCGAGUAAAGACGACAAGGACAAGAAUCAGGCCAAUGGUAACGCAGCGGCCGGCAGCGAGAUGCAGGAUGUCAAGCCCAGUAAGGCUUACAGUCGUGGGUCUGUGGUCAUGGUCGAUGAGAUGAUGCAUGCCAACCCUCCCAAGAUGCGUUUCCCCGAGGCCGGCCUCCGCAUCAUGAUCACCAGCCAUUUUGGACCCAAGACCCGGCUGCGCAUGGCCAGUCGCCUCAUCAUCACUGAGCGUCAGAAGCUGGUCCAGGGUGCCAACGGAGUGGAGACCCAGGUGCUGGAGGGGAAGGUGGAUGUUGAGAACGGCAACGUGCCCGAGGACAAGCCUGCAGAGGAGGAGGCCGAAAAUGAGACAAUCUCCCCCUUUCAUAUCCCUGCGGGCAUCAGCAGCAAGUGUAAGUGGCUGAUCGCGUGGCCCCUGCUGCUCCUCCUGUUCUUCACCAUCCCCAACUGUGCCAAGCCUCGAUGGGAGAAGUUCUUUAUGCUCUCCUUCAUCCUCUCCACUGUCUGGAUCGCCGUCUUCUCUUACUUCAUGGUCUGGAUGGUCACCAUCAUCGGCUACACCCUUGGCAUCCCAGACGUCAUUAUGGGCAUAACUUUCCUGGCAGCGGGCACCAGUGUACCAGACUGCAUCGCCAGUCUCAUCGUUGCUCGGCAAGGAAUGGGUGACAUGGCAGUGUCCAACACCAUCGGCAGUAAUGUGUUUGAUAUCCUGGUUGGACUGGGGUUGCCCUGGGCGCUACAGACCAUGGCGGUCAACUAUGGCUCUGAGGUCAUUAUCAACAGUCGAGGACUUCUCUACUCUGUGGUGCUGCUGCUGGGUUCUGUGGCUUUAACGGUGGGGGGGAUCCACGUGAACCACUGGAAGCUGGAUCUGAAGCUGGGUAUCUACACGCUGGUCCUCUACGCUGUCUUCCUGUGUUUCUCCAUCAUGAUUGAGUACAACGUGUUCACCUUCGUCAACCUGCCGAUGUGCAUAGAGGAGUAGCUAGAGCCUGCCCACCCACGCUGACCUCUGAACCAGGAUGCUCCAUCCCCUCAAUCCCAGAGAGCAACCAAUCACAAUCAUCUUUCUUCGCCGUCAUCCACUACAUUACUAACCCUUGUAACUGAAUCUCCUGUCGGUCUGACUCCCAUCUUUCAUUGUCAUAACAGACCUGUUGACCUCUUGAUCUGCUCAUUGUCUUUAAAUCUGUCUCUCCCUGUGCUUGGACUCGCUUUCCCAUGAGGCUUUGUUCUGAGGAGUGGAUGGACGCCUCUCCAUUCCUCAAACGUCCUCCCCUCUCUCAUCCAACAGACUGGACCCAGUGUCAGACUACUCUAUUUUCCAUUUAACCCCUCCAACUAUCUCUAGUCUUACUGUGCUUUCAUUAGCAUUCCAUCAAAGGCUUUAGAAUUAAGGGGAUCCUACAAUACCUACAGUCUCCCUCUCACAACAACCCACACAUACCUCAGGUUAGGGUUAGUCGUAAACCCCAACAUUGACACUCGACCAUUUCUCCCACUCUCCCCCAUCAAAACCUCUUCUCUUAACCCUCCCUACCCCACACCACAGAUCUACCCAAAGACCCUAGGAAGAAAAAACACAACCCCGCCCUCAAUCUCUACCUCUCCCCCAAAUCCCGCUUGUGCCCCCACCCUUUGGAGGAUAAACUUUUUUCCUACUUCUAUUCGUUCUGGCCUGGACCCCUCUGACAUGGUCCAGGCUGUGAUAGUUUCCUGUUUCCGCAUCACUACGUCCCACCCCACUGCACCAGACACUCAUCUUCACUUUUCCCCAUCACCUCUUAAGAAGGACAUUUUGUCAGGAAUCUUUAUGUAAAAUGAGUCAACUCAAAGCUGAGACUGAAAGAAGAGCGCAUAUGAUGUAUAUUUGCAGCACAGCACAGUGUUAAAGUUGUAAACAUGUAUUUUUCUUUUUCCAUUUUCUUUUUGUACCGUGUGGGUUUUUGUUUUUCAAACGGGAGUUUUCAGAAGGACUCUGAAAUAUGUAGAGGAGCGCUUGUUGCAAUCAUAAAGGACGUUGCCUGUUUCACAGUAAGGAAUUGUGCACAAAGCUUUUCUUGCUUCUCGCUUGGCCCUCCUCGAAGGCAGGGCGUCUGGCUGAUGGAGGCAACUCUAUAGCCCGUUGUGCUGAAAGUUCAGCUGUUGUUUUCUUUUCCCUCGAUCCGAGACUGAUAUCUCUCACACGCACCCUCCAACUGCAAAACACUAAAGAGAGAAACAACUCACUCCGGAUCUUGGGGAGAUGUGACAGAUGGGGGGGUAAUACGGUGUCAUCUUUGGAAGGAAUGGUGUCCAUAUUAGGACAUCUUCGCACAGCAGCAUGGAGAAAUGUGUAUUGUAUCACAGAUGAUCGGAAUCGGUCUGUUCUUCUCAUCUUCUGUCAUUGACCCCCCUUUGACCACUAGGGGGCAAUGCUGCCCCCUCACUCUGAUCUGUCUGUGCAUGGCAGGGGUCUUAAGCAACCACAGCUGUUUGGUUAUCAGGGAAUAUUUGGAGCCUCUGAAGUUCCAGUAGGUGGCGCCAUUGGUGGUGUUCGCUCAAUGUUAAUUACAUGUAGAUAUUGCACUUUAAAACAAGCAAAGCCGUCCUCUCAUUCUGAGUCAACUAGUGCUUCCUUUGAGUGUAUGUAUGUACAUUAUAUGUGAGUGUGCGUGCGUGGGGGUGGGGACACACCCGUGAGCACACAACAGUCUGUCUGCAGUGCAUUGUACUUACUGGGAGUAUAAACGCAGGGUCCUCAGCUGUAGGAAAAGUGAUAGGCUGAGGGGCGUGCGUGCGUGCAUGCCUCCCCCCACCCCCCCACCCACUUUACAAAAAAAUGGCAGCUACAAGCUACUGCAAUCUGAAACAUUUGACAUCAUGCAAAAACACCUGCGGAGACCGAGUCUACAAUAAGCUGGAAAAAAUUGCUUUAAUAGGGGAGUGUUACUGACGAAAACAUGACCUUCCCUUUUUGUGUUGGCACCAGGUACUUGUAUAUGCAAUCUCAAUGUUAUGCGUUCUGUGUGUUGGAAUUAGAAGGGCCCCUAUGGAGGUUGCCAUAAUGUUAGGGGAACAUUUGAGCUCGCUUGUGUGAAUGACAGCUGAGGAACCGAGCCAGAGGACAUUGAUGGAACCUUCUGGAAUGGGGGAUUCUGUGUGUGCGGGGGAGUCCGACCCUCCUGGCACAAGGGCAUUAUUCAAACACCAACUCUACCUGAAGACCAGACCAGAGGGGAAGGACACCAGCCGGGAAGCUGGUUUAGUCCAGUGUACUCUGAACUUUCUGGAAAUUCUCCUCCAGGAAAGACAACUUUGUGAGAUGAGAUCUCAUCUGUGUGUGAGUGAUGAACCUGAGUAGCAGACAUUUUAGGAGUUGGACCCCUAAGCUGCUACUCCCGGGGGAGGUAUUUGACUCUAGCUGCGUUCUCUUGGAAGGAGGUGACCACAUAGGUCCUCAAGACUCUCAACCCCCCCCCCCCCCCCAUCCUCCUCAUCACAUCAAUGCUACCCAUAUCGUGUGUCCUCCACCCUGCUCGACUGUCAAUUUAUAGCAGUUACCCUCAAUGCACAGUAUGCCCCCCCAGUUGGUCUUUUCCCUGUAGAAGAGUGUAAAAGUAUUAUCUACUAGUGACAUUUGGAUUUGAUUCUCAUUGUUUCCUUCUUGUUAACGAUUGUCGCAUUCUCAAUCUUUUCGUUUGUUGUUAUUAACUGUACAUACAGUGGGGCCCGAAAUUAUUGACACCCUUGAUAAAAAUGACAGUAUAAAAUAAAUAAUUCAAAUACUGAGCUAAAUAAUAUGCAAAAAAAAGGGGGAAUUAUGUGAUUUCAUACUAAUAUAAUUGCUCAGAGAAAGAGAUUUUGUUUAGCAAGUAAUAUACAGUGCCUUGCGAAAGUAUUCGGCCCCCUUGAACUUUGCGACCUUUUGCCACAUUUCAGGCUUCAAACAUAAAGAUAUAAAACUGU